UGGAUGGAAUCUAGCCGCUACCGUGCUGAACACUGUGUUGUAGUUGUUGCUGUGCUGUGUGUUGAGUAGUUAUUUUGUGUUAUAUACACACUAAGCUCUGCUUGUGUGUAAUAGCUGUCACUAUUCUGAGGAUUUUUGUAAAAAGUGUGAUUUUGUUUUUGUGUAUUGCUUUCCCAUUGCUAGUGAUUUGAGGAAGUAUCUUUUCAGACAGUAUAGGGAUGUUAGGUUUGUUUGCAUUGUUUCUCCCUAUCUAAACCCGUUCUUAUUUACUUUAUAUAUAACUUUAAUGUUCUUACAGCUUUAGUGUGUUUUUCUGUACUUUGCAAACGUUCUUGAAACUAGAUCGUUUUAAUUCGUGUGCAAUAGUAUAUUUUUUGUUUGCUCGAAGUCAUUACUUUGUAAUUAACUUCCUUGUUUUACCCUUGUAAAAUUGUAUCCUCUAUUGAGUUUUCCUAUGCCAGCCGCGGGUUUUGCAUAGCUCUAGAUGUGACUGUGCUGUGUUUAUAUCAGCAUCUGCUGAGUGUGCAGUACUCAUUAUCAGUGGGUAAGUGCUAGGCUUUGUAGAGCUUAGCAAUAUUAUAUAGCUUAUCUCAAUAUCUGUUUAAUAACUGAUGCCUCUGUAGAGCUUCAUAUGUGUUCUGGCUUUAGAAUAAUAAUAAUUGACAAUCUUGCACAAUACACAUUAUCAGUGACUAGUAUUUAUAACUUCUCUCCAACCAGAGCAGUAGUUUGUUUGUUUACAUGAUGUUUGUUUGUAGACCCCUUGUGCUAUGCUUGAUUGCAUGUGGUCUGUGUUUGACCUCCCAUAAUGAGGAUAUAUUACUGAGUGUAGACUUCAUGCCUCUUUCACCAUGGGCAGAGGAAGUCUCUCUCUCUGAGAUCCCUUAUUUCCAGUCUCCAGAUGUUUUCCAGGACCCGCACAAUUGCUCUCAACUUCUCCCUGAAUUUGCUAAUGUCAGUGCUGCGCUCAGUGGGUGUCUGGUACUGAGAGCUAGACCAGCCCGGCUUUGUCAAGGCUGCUACCAAAACUACGUGCAACUUGUAGGAAUCAUGCAGAAGAUAAAUCAGAAGUUUCAGAAUACCUCUGACAGUUGUGCAAAAAGCCUCCUGCAGUCUGACCGGGUUCAGUUGCUUGUGAUUAUGAAUGAAUUCUUUGAGCAAACAUGGUCGGAUUCCAAGUGCACACAGUGUUUGGAGAAAAAUAGCACAGCUAUGUUAACAAGCACCAUAAAAUUUAUGGCAUUAUUUGAUGAAGUGAAUACAUGCUUUCACAACAACAUGCAGGCGCCUUCAGUUUAUGUGCAACAACGAAAUCUCUCAAGAGUAUGUGCAAACUGUAGUGCCAUUUACAAAAAUCUCAGUGCUUUGUACAGCGAGCUAGAAAACGCAAAUGAGUUGUGCAUAGACCUGGAAGAUGCAAUGAACAGCACCCGCCAUCUUUGGAGCACAAUGUUCAACUGCACAGUACCUUGUACUGACACCGUUCCAGUUAUUGCAGUGUCUGCAUUUAUUAUUUUCCUGCCUGUAGUUUUCUAUCUCAGCAGUUUCCUCCAUUCCGAGCAAAAGAAACGCAAACUCAUUUUACCCAAACGUAUAAAAUCGAAUGCUGCGAUAAACAUACAAGACAAAAGUAGCUGAACUUUUUACUUUGGACUAACGGUCUUACACUGAAAUUAUGGUAUUUUGUCAGAUGCCCCUGUUCCCUCCUGUAUGAGGACCCUGCAGUCGGAUGAAAUAACGACUAUUGACAACUUGUCCGAUUCUGUUGUACAUACUCACUUGUCUGCGUAUGACUUGCUAUUCAUUUUUGCAGCAAAUAUAGAAUUCCAUAUUUCCACACAGAGCACAGAACUGAAAAAGUUAGAAAUCAUUUUAUUUUACUAAUAAUCUUCUGGAGGAAUUCAUUGAGUAAUCCUUUUUUUUUUUUUUUUUUUUUUUUUUUUUAAACAAUUUAUUAGUUACAAAAGUAUUAAGACAUUUUUAUUUUAUUUUAUAACUAGGUACACUGAAUACAUGUUGCACUGUAAUGAUCUAUUAAAAUAAUAAUAUAAAACGCACACAAUGUUUAUUGAGACAAAUGUGUAUAUUAUUUUUGGGAGAAAAAUGUGUUUUUAUUAGAUAUAUGUAGAAUAAUCCAAAGCAUUUAGAGCCACAAGUAAAGUCCAUGUAAUGUAAAGCCCUGAUUUGUAUAUAUUCUGCCAUUUUACCCCAUAAAUGUUAGGCAUUGGAAGAAAUGGUUCAUUUUGACAUAAAGGUUUUUGUCUUGUGUUUGUGAUCUCAUUGAGAAGGUGAAUUGGAGGCUUUUGUUUUGACGUUCCUAGUGCUCCAGUUUAAACUCAUUUGGAUUAGAUCAGCAGCCGUCUGCCAUGUAGACUCUGAAAGCAUUACCUUGAUCUGGCGAAUCAUAUGAUUGAGAGCUGUUCAAAGCAAUCUUUCAUUUAUGCUAAUAAAUAGCUAGUUUAUACGUGCCAAGCUACAGAAUGACAGCUUUCAUACCGUAAUCAGUGGCUUUUUGAGCACAUUCAGACUAAGUAGGUCUGAAAGUCAUUACUACAGGAUAUCCCAGUUAAGAGCUUUGCAAGUGAAGCUGCUUUCCUUUACUUUGCUGGGUUUGUUCCCAGAUGCUUUUUUUUUAUUAUUCCAAUUUGUGUAUUCCAAUUUUUUUUUUAUUCAAUAAGAUCUGCAAAAGUAUUAUCGUUUUUACAUUUGAUAUUCUGUUAUUCAGCUAAGCAAAAUUGUUUUGAAACAUAUCAAAUUAUUUAAUAUAUAAAACUUUGUGAAAUCCUCAAUAAAAAUGUUAAAAUGUG